AUGAAUUCAAACUAAACAGACUUACAUGAAUAAUAGGUUGUUGAAAAUACAGAAAAUAUUGACACUACUAAUACUGAAUAACUACUUGAUUUUACCAAUAUGUUUAAAACUUAAAAAGUAGCAAAACCUAAAUUACUAAAUAGAUAAUAAUAAUAAUAAUAAUAAUAAUAGUAAUAAUCAUAAUAAUAAUAAUCAUAAUCAACUUAAUCUACAGAGGAGCAAAACAAUAAGUCAGUUUAAAAUAUAGUACCAAGAAAUCUCACCAUUACUUAAGAAAAAAUGAGCCAAAGAAGAUGUUUAGAUGUACGUAGAUGGUAUAGUUUGAGUAGACCAUAAUACUAAAGAAGUUGUGGAAUUUCUUCUGUUGUAACUUGCUGGAAUUAUUUAUUUUCUACUCUAGGUGUAGGAAAUUUAAAUCCACUUUCAUAAGAAGAAGUUAUUGUCUCUUUGGGGUAAUGAUAAAAACUAUUUAAGUUUAACAACUGAAGUAGGGCCUCAUUUUAAUGAUGUAGAAUUCGGAUCUUUUAGUGGAAAUAUGUCUUUAAUAUCUUGGUUUAAGAAUUUAUGUAGGUUGCAUAAAGUAUAAGGAAGAGCUUAUUUUUUAUGGAAAAAUGAAGGAGAUUUUGCUACUCCUGGUGUUGAUAGAGAUGUGGCACUCUAAAAAUUAACAGCUGGAUUGAAAACUGAUAAAGUUUCCUUUAUUUAUCAUGCAUAUGAUCAUUAUUUCUGUCCAAUUGGAUAUGAAUGCACUCCUAAUAAAUAAGUAGAGGCUUUUGUGGAUGAAAUAGAUUAUAAUGAUUGUCAAUAUUGGAUUAUUAUUGCUGAACCAGCUAAACCAUAUCCAAUGUUUACUGUUAGAAAGUGGGUUGAUAUUGCUUAAGAUUUAGAAUUAAAAUACCCUUAAUAUAUGAAUAUUCGAAAAAUGGAUGAAGGAAUUAAAAACUAUAAAUAUGAAAAAGGAGUUAGUUAACAUUGCAUAAUGGCAUUUGAAAGGAUUGAUCCUAAACCAAAAAAGAUUAUAGAAAAAAAAGAGAAGCCUAUAAUAAAUGAAGAAGUGCAUCUUGAAAAAACAAAUUAACUUGAUUAAAAAGUUGAGACUAAUGAAUAAAUACAUUAAAAUACAGAAAUUUUAGAUCCACUUAUUAAUAAUUAAUUGAAAUAAAAUGAUUAAUAAUGAA